AGCAUUAGCUGUAGUCACCUGGCAAUCUGGUUCCUGCGGAUAUGAUGCAGGAAGCCGUGGCUCAUGUCCAAACGUCCACCGCGUUUGUACUUCAACUCGUGCGCUUCUUCGUCUCUGAAAAUAUCCAUUCCAGCAGACAAAUAUGACUAUGGUUAUGCCAAUAAGGCAAUAGGGACAAUAGUCUUGACAAAAAGCUACAUAGCUAGCUGCUGGUAAAUUGCUGGCCAACAAAGCCACUUCCGGCGUUCAGAGUCAAACGUGAACACUUCUUGAACCUUCUUUAAAAACUUGUUUCAUCAAUUGUCCAAUAUCUCGUGAAGGCAAUUUUUCCCUAAAUACUUUUCUUGUGGGUAAAUAAUGUUACUUGUUUCACGGACUGCUUUCAUCUGUUUCGACGACUUUGGUGAACUCUUCGUUAAUCAUGGUGGCCCCCGCUAUUUUCCUGUCGCAGCAAAGUGACGUAGUUCCGCUGAAGCGAGAAAGAGAAGAUGAUGUGGACGACGAAGAAAACGAGGACGUGCCAGUCAAAAAAGGACGCGGUCGUGUCGUAGAGGACCGAAGAAGUCGUCACUGUCCGUAUCUAGACACCAUAAACAGGAGUGUGCUGGACUUUGACUUUGAGAAGCUCUGCUCCAUUUCUCUCUCACACAUCAAUGUUUACGCCUGUCUUAUAUGUGGGAAGUACUUUCAAGGUCGAGGUCUGAAAUCCCACGCGUAUACCCACAGUGUCCAGUUCACCCACCAUGUGUUCCUCAACCUGCACACGCUCAAGUUUUAUUGUCUACCUGACAACUACGAGAUCAUUGACUCCUCACUCGAGGACAUUACGUAUGUGCUUAAACCAACAUUCACCAAGCAGCACAUUUCGGGUUUGGACAAACAGGGCAAGCUUUACAGAGCCUACGAUGGAACCACUUAUCUGCCUGGCAUUGUUGGUCUCAAUAACAUUAAGGCCAAUGACUACGCCAAUGUGGUCUUGCAGGCCUUUUCCAAUGUCCCGCCAUUGCGCAAUUACUUUCUGGAGGAGGAGAAUUACAGAGGAAUCCGCAGACCACCAGGAGACAUAAUGUUUCUCUUGGUGCAACGCUUUGGCGAGCUGAUGCGCAAACUUUGGAAUCCGAGAAACUUCAAGGCCCACGUGUCUCCUCAUGAGAUGCUUCAGGCCGUGGUGCUUUGCAGCAAGAAGAACUUCCAAAUUACUAAGCAAGGAGAUGCUGUGGACUUCAUGACGUGGUUUUUAAACGCUCUGCACGGUGCCCUCGGAGGCACAAAGAAAAAAACAACCAUCCUAACAAAAGCAUUCCAGGGCUCCAUGCGGAUCUUCUCAAAGAAGCUCCCACACCCAGAUCUGACGCCAGAGGAGAAGACUUUACUGCUCCUGACCGACGAGUAUCAAGAGCAGAUGUCAGAGUCCACGUUUUUAUUCUUGACCCUUGACCUCCCUACGGCCCCCUUGUACAAGGAUGAGAAGGAGCAGCUAAUUAUCCCACAGGUCCCACUUUUCAACAUCCUGGGAAAGUUCAAUGGAAACACAGAGAAGGAGUACAAAACGUACAAGGAGAACUUCCUGAAAAGGUUCCAGUUGACCAAACUCCCACCCUACCUUAUCUUCUGCAUCAAAAGGUUUACGAAGAAUAACUUCUUUGUGGAAAAAAAUCCUACCAUCGUCAACUUCCCCAUCACGAAUGUUGAUCUUCGGGAGUAUUUGACAGAAGAAGCUCAAGUGACGGAGAAGAACACAACGUAUGACCUCGUUGCAAAUGUGGUACACGAUGGGAAACCAUCGGAAGGGGCCUACAGGAUACAUGUUCUGCAUCAUGGAACUGGAAAGUGGUACGAGAUGCAGGAUCUGCAGGUGAUAGACAUCCUCCCCCAAAUGAUCACUUUGUCAGAGGCCUACAUCCAGAUUUGGAAGAGGCAGGAGAGUGAUAAGGACAUAAAAAACCACACUGGUGCAUAGUGGUUACAAAAGUGCAUGACAACACAGAAGAUUUCUUACAGUCAACGAAAAAAAAGAUCAAGAGCACGUACAUUUUUUUUUUUUUUACACUGUUUCAAAAUAAACCGUUUCAUGCCCCUACAGUAUGUUGUCCAUCUGAGCAAAACCGCUCUUAUCAUGACCUUUCAGUCAUCUGAAGAUGUUUAAUAUCAACCACACAAUGUUUAAAGAUUCAUUGACCAGAAUACAACUAAAAAAUACUCAGCAAAUAA